CGCUAGGAGACGGCUAGUGGCGCAGAGCAUGACGUCCGGGCGGGCCGGGGAGAAAGCGGGCUCAAAGAACUGCAAUUCCCAGCAGCGCCAGGACUGGGGGCGUGGCGGCAGGGCGGGGCAAGCUAGAAGAGACCUUAAAGCUCAUUCUAGUCCAAGCCCUAGCUUUAUCGAGACGAAAACGUAAGUUCUGACGUGUCGGGGUCUCACUGGGCCUGAAUCGUCGACGACUCGGAGAGUCGCAGGCGCGAAGUUUCCUGGCCUGGAAGAGGGGUCGCCCAGAGUGCGAGAUGCAAGUGGGGAAGCCCAUCCUCUAUUCCUACUUCCGAAGCUCCUGCUCAUGGAGAGUUCGAAUCGCUCUGGCCUUGAAAAACAUGGACUAUGAGACGAUAACCAUCAACCUCACAAAGGAUGGGGGGCAGCAGUUCUCUGAAGAAUUCCAGGCCCUGAAUCCCAUGAAGCAGGUGCCAGCCCUGAAGAUUGAUGGAAUCACCAUUGGCCAGUCACUGGCCAUCAUUGAGUACCUGGAGGAGACCCGGCCCACGCCGCGACUCCUGCCUCAGGACCCAAAGAAGAGGGCCCACGUGCGCAUGAUUUCCCACCUCCUGGCCAGCGGCAUCCAGCCCCUGCAGAACCUGUCUGUCCUGAAGCAAGUGGGACCGGAGAACCAGCUGACCUGGGCCCAGCAGGCCAUCAGUUCUGGCUUUAACGCUCUGGAGCAGAUCCUGCAGAGCACAGCGGGGAAGUACUGUGUGGGAGAUGAGGUGUCCAUGGCUGAUCUGUGCUUAGCGCCUCAGGUGGCAAAUGCUGACAGGUUCAAGGUGGAUCUCACUCCCUACCCUACCAUCAGCCGUAUCAACAAGUCACUGCUGGCCUUGGAGGCCUUCCAAGUGUCUCACCCCUGCCGGCAGCCAGAUACACCCCCUGAGCUGAGGGCCUAGCUCUCAAACCGCGCCCCACUGGUGCAGGGGCCGGGAGCGGGUGCGGGAGCAGAAGCUGCAUGGGCUGAAGAGGCCUGGAAGCCAGCGAGCCUUAACUGGAGAGGUGGAAGACCUGAACUCCUAGCCCUUGAACUUGAACUCUAGGCCCUGGAUUUGCCUUCCCACUGAAACUACUUCUGCCUCAGCCCCUUCAUCUGUCACAUGCGGGCAGAAUGGGGUGGGAGAAUGCCGGGAGGCGGGUAGGCAGGAAGUCUUCAUGACUGUGUCGCGGGCAGUCAUGAAGAUGAAGUGAACGUAGACUGAAACGUAUGCCGAGUUUACCAGAGAGCCAUGAGGAAGUCUGAGCGCCUCUUCCCGUCCCCUCGACUGUACCUGACUCCAAAGAAUGCCCACACUGAAAUCUGGUAAUUAAACUAAAGCCCAGGCCCCCGGGUUGUUCACUUAAAGCUGAGCUGGGUUGCAGAAGGUGAACACUCUUCCUAGCUGGAAUCCCUCUGUGUCUGGACCAGGAGAGAAAGCCAGCCAGCCACUUGCCCACUCUGUGGUUGGCCUGGCCCCUGGGACCUAAGGGCAAGGAAGAGAAAUAAGCCCAAAAGCCUGCCUGAGAAAAUCAGACAAGAUCCAGAAGAGAACAGGUAUAAGAAGCAGGAAAGAAAGCCUCCUGCGACCAGCUGAGUGCCCAGGCCUGGGAGUAGUGCCGUUGCUCACUUCCAUGGCAGCGCUGAGGAGACGCUGGCCCGCUCAGCCCAGUCCCUCAUCUUCAGGGGCAGCGUUCUCUGGAGCAGCCUCAGGAUUAGGUGCUUAGGAUACAUCCACGUGUGAGCGGUGCUGGGAGCUGGAGGCAGGCUCCUCCGUGGGCAGUAUGAACAGCUACUGACCAAGCUAGCAGGAGGCCAGCCGGGUAAUGGCUUACCUUGGGCUGCCCUGGAGGGAGCAGGUCCCCAUGCCUGGCAGUGCUCAGCCAGAACCAGGAUCACCUCGGGCAGAGAUACUGUAGGGAGAUGCGGGUCACUUCUGGGAGUGAAACAAGAUGACAUUUAUGUUCCAUAUGUGAGAUUUCAUUUCCCCUGUGUAGCUGAGGUUUAAACAAGGAAUUAAGAUAGAUGUGUCUGGUCCAAGUGGAAGCCACCUUUCUCGGCCAUGAGUCCCUUUUCUUUAGCUCCAAUGCCAGGGCACCUAGUUCUCCCCUCUCAUCCCGGGCUCCUUAGUGGCCUCUCCUUCUCUCUUGGAUGGACUGGGCUCCAGGCUCUAGAAUGACCAAGGUGGGCCACUCUUGUUCCCAAGGUGAGUUUGUCCUGGCAGAGCCCAGAGAGAAGCCCAGGAAGGUAGAGGAGACACAGCAAUGGUGAGGGAUGCUGUGCCUGCCCUGCUGCCAUCUGGACCUUUUCCUCAGAUUACUCCAGACCUGCCUGGCUGCAUAAGGCUCACCUGGGCUCUCACCAAGAAACCUUGACUUGAGAUAAGAGACUAAUCUCCUCAGCUCAGGGAUCAGUAACCGUCACCUGACUUGGACUUUUGAAAUUGAAGGUGAUUCAAGCUCCUGUGGAUUUUAAAGAGAAAAUGAACUCAGGGGAAAGGAGGGAAGCCCAUACUUCAGGCUGUGCUCCUACAGCUCCCACGGCAGUGUGCUCCCUGGCCCUGGAGAGACAUGGGCCCAGCCAGGAGCAGCGGGCAAGCUGCGGGGCUAGCCUUGGCCAAACGGGGCGCUGCCACCAGUCGCCCAGAUUAAGGAGGCAGCUGGCUCUACCUGUCACUAACAGGUGCCUUUGGGAGCCCAAAUAAUCCAAAACAACUUCCAGUAGUGCUGAGGUUACCAGGUUCCCCUACUCCUCCCUCCUCCCAGUCUCGUUUCCAGGCAACAGAGGAGCACAGAGACUUCUGGGAAGUACAGGCAGUAGAUAGAAUCCACAUCUAGGACAAGGUACAGGCGCAGAGACAACCUGAGACCACUCCCCAGCCCUGAAUGGUUCUAUGGGGAACUAGGUAUAGUUCCCCAUAAUGAGCGGGCGGACUGGGGUUCUUCCUAGAAGGAAACCAUCUGGUGGCUGUCCUGCUCCAGCUGCUAAUGCACGUUCCACUUCCCCCCACUCAGCAUGCAGCGAGCCCUGCCAGGGGACUCCCCGCGCUGGGAGCUGGCGGGUGUGGCUGUGUGACUGGGGAUAUGGCAGACAUGGCCCCUGCUCUUACUGAGCUUAUGUCCCUCCACUUAUUCCUGGAAAUUUAACUGGCCGUCUCUAUCUCCACCCCUCAACAUCAUGGGCCUGUUGCCUAUCUGCUUGUCUGUCUGAUAUUAAUUUGGUUAACCUGAGGCUCCAUCAGCCAUCCUAAAACUGGUGGCCAAAGCUGAGUUGGCCACCUUAAAAUUUAGAUUUUAAGGAAAUCUAAAUCAAGUAAAGAGGCGAUACAGCCUCCGUUAUCAAGCACUUAUAAAAACCAUCCUCAUUUAAUGCACAAAACUCAUUUUAAUAUUUUUCUCAUAGUUCUGGUCCUCUAGUUCAACAGGAGUUUUGUGAUACGUGUCCGAGUGUGAGGUGAAAAC